AAGAAUCGUCAGGGUGGAGAAUUUGUUUUUUGAACGAAGUUAAAUUUGUUUCUUUGUUUUCUUCUUUUUAAUUUAAACUGAAUUCUGAAAACUCCUGAAUGUUUGAUGACGUCAUGCCAACAAGAAAGAGAAAAGAACAGAAAGAGCAAAGAGACGCGGCGGUUCAGGGAACUAAUGACAGCAGCGUGGUCAGUAAACUGUCCGCCGCUCAGAGAGGCUACUUUAAGGAUCCGUUUAUCCACAAGUUUGUCAGCAAAACGGCCAGAAGAGCUCCACUGAUUAACAGGGGUUACUACGUGCGCUGGAGAGCUUUGGACCACUGUGUGAAGAGGUUCCUGCGUGUCACCGAGAACUGUUUGAAGAAACAGAUCUUGUCUGUGGGUGCAGGCUUCGACUCUUUGUAUUUCCGUCUGUGUGCGGACGGGGCUCUCGGUGGUGCUGUGGUCUUCGAGGUGGACUUCCCUGAAGUCGCCCGGCGUAAAGCUGCACUCAUUGGACGUGAACGCGUGCUGAGGGACAUGCUGAAUGCUGAUUGGACUCAUCUUCCAGGCCCUGUGUACGUGCACAGCGGUCAGUACCGCCUGCUGGGCGUGGACGUUAGAGACGAGUCCCACAUGGAGGAAGUCCUGGACCUGGCUGGGAUGGACCGGUCUGCUCCGAGCCUGGUUCUGUCUGAAGUGGUGCUGACGUACAUGGAAACCCAAUGGUCGGAUGCGGUGAUUGGCUGGGCAGUGAAGCUCCUCCCACAGUCAUUCUUUAUCAUGUAUGAGCAGAUCCACCCCCACGAUCCUUUUGGACAAAUCAUGCAGGAGCAUUUCCUGAAGCUGAACUCAGCUCUGCGUGCCCUUCAGCAAUACCCAGACACGGCUGCACAGAGAUGCAGGUUCUUGGACAAGGGCUGGGAACACUGUGUGUGCGUGGAUAUGAACAACUUCUACCUGGACCUGGUUCCUGAGGAGGAGAGACUCAGAGUGGAACACCUGGAGCCUUUUGACGAGUACGAGGAGUGGCAUCAGAAGUGUUCCCACUACUUUGUCCUGACUGCGUCCCGGGGCGCUCUGAUGGCUCAAGCGUUACUCACCUGUCCUCCAGGUCUGUCCAGUGGUCCGUCAUGGAGUCCCGUAGUCCUGAAUGUGAGCACUCUACCAGUUUGCAUGGAGGGACUGGGACUGGCGUCUACUGUCCUCGGGCCAGGAGUGGUCCUGCUGACUGGAGGCUCCUGCAGAGGAGGCAGGGGGGCAGUAUCCAGGAUCCUGACCAGAGGUCCAGGAGGCUGGAGGGCUGUGACCGUGGAGCCCACAGCAGACUUUGGUAUCCGGCUGUACCACACAGCAGCGCCCCUGCCCGGAGGAGCGUCGGUACUGUUUGGAGGUCGCUCCUCUCCUCUCAAGCCGGCCAAAGGACUUUUCAAGGUCACGCUGGACCUCUGUGGGUCAUCUGCUUCACUUCAGACAGGAAACCAGGGGACAGUGGAGUGCUGCGUGGAGGAGACGGUCUGUACGGGUCCACUGCCGGUGCCAAGAUGGAGGCACACUGCGACUGUGGUCCGCCACAAAGGCAAAGACGUCCUGUUUGUGUUUGGCGGCAGGAACGAGACCGAAGCGGUUCUGGGUGACGGACACUUUCUGUGUCUAGACCGACAGCACUGGACUGAGAUCCCAGUAGAGGGCGCACCGCCGGCGCCUCGCCUUUCCCACACAGCGUGUCCGUACCAGGGAGGGGCGGUGGUGUUUGGAGGACUGAACGCCGCGGGACGGCCGCUCGGGGACGUGUUUGUGUUGCGGCCCGUGGACAGAGGCUUCUGCUGGGACCGAGUGGAGGUGCAGCCGCCUCCUGUGCCGAGGUAUUCCCAUUCUGCCCAUGUGAUUGAGGACAAACUGGUUGUGGUGGGCGGAGUCUGGCUGCACUCAGAUGGCGUGCCGGGUGUGGCUGUGAUCGACCUCCGCACGGGGAGCGGCGUGGAGUUCAGGCUGGACACGUCCUCUGUGCCCUGGCCUCUGAUGCUUCACUCCUUCUGCUCCGAGCUGAUGGACCCAGCAGAACCAGACCUUCUCCUGAUAGGUGGGGGAGGAAACUGCUUCUCCUUUGGGACUCACCUGAACCCUCAGCCCGUCACUGUGGACCUCAGACCUGUACUAGGUUAAAGUCAACCAGGUGUUGUGUUUUUAGAACCUUCUCAGCCCGGCCCUGUGCCCUGGAUUAAACACAAGUCUGUGGUCAGACUGGAAGAGUCACCUCACAGUGGACACCGUGUUCUGGACCUGGCUCGGACCUGGGUCCCUGCCUCCUGUGUUUAAUUUUAGCUUGACUGGGUUAUGCAACCUAGACUCAGUCCUCUGGGCCCAGAACGGUCAGAAUCAUUUUUAUUCACAGAAGUGGGUGUUGUAUAAACCUCAGUGGACACGUGUUCAACGCGAACUCCUAAUAAAAGAAAAAUAAAGUCCUCGCCUAAUAAAUCCAUUUAUAGUCCUCCUACUUCCUGUUGCACCGACGGCUCCAGAGGAGCGUUUAGGUACCAAACCAGAAGAGCACUUGGGUGAUUGCAGACUUAUGCUAAAGAACCAUAAAACCCUUAAAUUUAAAUUAAAAUCCAAAUGAAUAUUAUUACGUUAAACUGUCGGCCUGCAGAAAAAAUAUUAAAGGUGCUGAUCCAGAAUUCUGGACUUUUAGUCAGUCAGUCAGUUACGGGGCAUUUCCUUUUUAGUUUUCUUCAGUUUUACUGACCUGAUUGUCUCCAGACUCGUUGUCUGUUACCCACAGUGACCUGAAGAUGCCUGUUGAUUUUGGGGUCAAAAGGUCAAGGUCACUGGAGUGUAAAAAUCUUUUGAGUUCGUCUUUUUACCCAAUUGUCUGAUUGUGACUAAACGUGUGUUCGGUACACUGACCCCAAGAAGUCUGUUGGCUUUGGGGUCAACAGGUCACAGACGCUGACCUGUAGUUUGUAGAAGCGUUGUGCAGAAAAGCGUCGCUUGUCAGUGUGUGGUGGGUUUGUACAGACUGACAGGCGGUGUUUCCUUGAUAAACCUGUUUUUAAAUCUGAUAUUUGUAUUUUGUGCAGCACAUUAAUGUUUCAGUCAGAACACAGUUUAGUA